GUCUUGAUGUACUAUUAUUGCAUUACUGGAUUGGAUUUGAAAGAAAAAUUGGAAUCAUGCAACCUGUACCACCCGUGAAUGUUCUGGGCGUGGAGUAUCCUGCCCUUGCCGAUGGAAAGUAUGACGCUGUCAUUCUUGGAACUGGAUUGAAGGAAUGCAUUGUGGCCGGACUUCUUGCCACCGAGGGAAAGAAGGUUUUGGUUUUGGAUCGCAAUGACUACUAUGGAGGCGAUUGCGCAUCUCUGAACCUGACUAACUUGUUCAAGAAAUUCCGUGAUCGCGAGCCUACCAAGGAGGAAUUUGACCGUCUUGGCCAGAACCGCGACUACAACGUGGAUCUGAUCCCCAAAUUCCUCAUGGCAUGCGGCAACCUUGUGAACAUGCUUUUGCUGACCAAAGUGACGAACUAUCUGGACUUCAAGCAGAUCGAGGGCAGCUACGUGUACAACGGCAAGAACAAGACCGUUAGCAAGAUGCCCGCCACAACGCAGGAGGCGCUGAGCACUCCUCUGCUCUCCCUGAUGCAGAAGAUGAAGUACCGCAGCUUCCUGUCGAACGUGCUGCCCAUGGAGAUCCCCGGCGAGGACGGCGUGCCCGCGGACAAGGACGUUCCGCUGCUGCACAUGACGAUGCGCGAGCUGUACAAGAAAUACGGCCUGGACGAGAACUGCAUGGACUUCACGGGCCACGCGAUGGCGCUGCGUCUGAACGACGACUAUCUCGACGAGCCGGCCGUGGAGACGGUGAAGGCGAUGAAGCUCUACGGCUACUCGCUGAACCAAUACGGCUCCUCGCCCUUCCUCUACCCCAUGUACGGCCUGGGCGGGCUGCCCGAGGGCUUCUCGCGCCUCUGCGCCAUCAAGGGCGGCGUGUUCAUGCUGAACCGCAACCCCGACGAGCUGCUCUUCGACGACGACGGCCGCAUCAAGGGUGUGGUGUCCGACGGCGAGGCCGCGUCCUGCGAGUUCGUCGUGGGCGAUCCGUCCUACUUCCCCGACGAUAUGCUCCGCGAGACCGGCAAGGUCGUGCGGUCGAUCUGCCUGCUGAACCACCCCAUCCAGGGCACCGGCGACUCCAAGUCCGCCCAGGUGAUCAUCCCCGCGAAGCAGGUGGUGCGAGCCGGCUACCCCAAGCGAAACUCCGACAUCUAUGUGUCGUGCGUGUCGUUCGACCACGCGGUGUGCGCGAAGGGAAUCUACAUCGCGAUCGCGUCGACGACGGUGGAGACGGAGGACCCGCAGAGAGAGCUGGCGCCCGCGAUCGACCUGCUGGGCGACGUGCUGGAACGAUUCGAUGACGUGUCGGAUACCUUCGAGCCGGUGAACGACGGAACCGAGGAUCGGUGCUUUAUCUCCACGUCGUAUGAUGCGACGAGUCACUUCGAAACGGUCGCUGAUGAUGUGCUGGAUAUCUAUAAGAGAAUUACGGGACAUGAGCUGGAUCUGACGUUGCCGAAGGAAGAAUAAGGAUUAAGAAGGAGUAAGAAGGAAUAAGAAGGGAGAGUGUGUGUUGU